ACCCAACAUGAGACCAUGGGGGACCAUGCGGACUGUGUGCUGAGGGCACCAAGUGAGGACGGCAGGGACCCAACGUGGAGCCAUUGUGUGUGGACACGGCAUGUAGCCGUGAGCUCCAUGGGGGAGACUGUGCUAAGGACAUCUGGGGACACAGAGCGGAGCCCACGGGGACCCGAUGUGGGGCUGCAGGGCACCGCUGCCCGCCGCCAUAGCCCGGCCCCACUCGGGGCGCGGCGCGGCCGGGACGGGUCGGGGUUCGGGGCCGGGGUCCCCGCGGUGACGUCACCGCCCGGGCGGCGUUGCCGGGCGACGGAGGCGCGGGGCCCUGACGUCAAGGCCCGAUGGCCGCCCGCCCGCCCGGCGGCAUGGAGGCGGCACGGACGGGGCCAGGCCGCGGGCAGCGCUGAGAUGGACCUCAAGGGCCAGUACUGGACGGACGAUGACUCCGAUGGGGACAAUGAGUCUGAGGAGUUCCUUUAUGGGGUACAGGGGACCUGUGCCGCCGAUCUGUACCGGCACCCACAGCUGGACGCCGACAUCGAGGCCGUGAAGGAGAUCUACAGCGAAAAUGCUGUGUCUGUCAGGGAGUAUGGGACCAUCGACGACGUGGACAUCGACCUCCACGUGAAUAUCAGCUUCCUCGAUGAGGAGGUGGCAACAGCCUGGAAGGUGCUUCGGACAGAGCCCAUCGUGCUGCGCCUGCGCUUCUCCCUCUCCCAGUACCUCGAUGGCCCCGAACCGUCCAUCGAGGUCUUCCAGCCAUCCAACAAGGAGGGCUUUGGGCUGGGCCUGCAGCUGAAGAAGAUCCUGGGCAUGUUCACAUCGCAGCAAUGGAAGCAUCUCAGCAACGACUUCCUGAAGACCCAGCAGGAGAAGAGGCACAGCUGGUUCAAAACAAGUGGCACCAUCAAGAAGUUCCGAGCCGGCCUCAGCAUCUUCUCUCCCAUCCCCAAGUCGCCCAGCUUUCCUGUCAUCCCAGACUCGGUGCUGAAGGGCAAACUGGGUGCUCCUGAAGUGCGCGUCAACCGCCUGAUGAACCGCUCCAUCUCCUGCACAGUGAAGAACCCCAAGGGGGAGGUGUUUGGCUACACCCCCAGCACCCAGGCAGGUGUUGCCCCCUUCAACAUCCUGGUUGGUGGCCACUGUAAGAAUGUCCCCACGCUGGAGUACGGCUUCCUCGUCCAGAUCAUGAAGUACGCAGAGCAGCGCAUCCCAACACUCAACGAGUACUGCGUGGUGUGUGAUGAGCAGCACGUUUUCCAGAAUGGCUCCAUGCUCAAGCCGGCUGUGUGCACCCGUGAGCUGUGCGUCUUCUCCUUCUACACCCUGGGCGUGAUGUCCGGUGCAGCAGAAGAAGUGGCCACAGGCGCUGAGGUGGUGGACCUGCUGGUGGCCAUGUGCCGCGCCGCGCUGGAAUCCCCCCGCAAAAGCAUCAUCUUUGAGCCUUAUCCCUCCGUGGUGGACCCCAAUGACCCCAAAACACUUGCCUUCAACCCCAAGAAGAAGAACUACGAGCGGCUGCAGAAGGCUCUGGACAGCGUGAUGUCCAUCCGGGAGAUGACCCAGGGCUCCUAUCUGGAGAUCAAGAAGCAGAUGGACAAGCUGGACCCACUGGCACAUCCCCUUCUGCAGUGGAUCAUCUCCAGCAACAGAUCCCACAUUGUCAAGCUGCCUCUCAGCAGGCAGCUGAAGUUCAUGCACACCUCGCACCAGUUCCUCCUGCUCAGCAGCCCCCCAGCCAAGGAGGCCCGGUUCCGCACCGCCAAGAAGCUCUACGGCAGCACUUUUGCUUUCCAUGGCUCUCACAUUGAGAACUGGCAUUCCAUCCUGCGCAACGGGCUGGUCAACGCGUCCUACACCAAGCUGCAGGUACCGCUCGCUGAUGCCGGUUCCGGAUCGGGGCAGGUGGGGAGGGAUGUGGGCAGCCCCAGGGAUGCUGUGGCCAUGCCUCAUGCCCACACUGCCACGGGUGCCGCGUUGCUCACCCCGGUGUUUUCCUGCAAGCUGCAUGGAGCAGCCUAUGGCAAGGGCAUCUAUCUGAGCCCCAUCUCCAGUAUUUCCUUUGGAUACUCAGGGAUGGGGAAAGGGCAGCACCGGAUGCCUUCAAAGGAUGAGCUGGUGCAGAGGUACAACCGGAUGAACACCAUCCCCCAGACCCGCUCCAUCCAGUCCCGUUUCCUCCAGAGCCGUAACCUGAACUGCAUCGCGCUUUGCGAAGUCAUCACAUCCAAGGACCUGCAGAAGCAUGGCAACAUCUGGGUCUGCCCCGUCUCGGACCACGUCUGCACCCGCUUCUUCUUUGUGUACGAAGAUGGCCAGGUGGGAGAUGCCAAUAUCAAUACUCAGGACCCCAAAAUCCAGAAGGAGAUCAUGCGUGUGAUCGGGACUCAGGUGUACACAAACUGAGCGGCGGGGGCCCUGCUGUGGGGUGCUGAGUAAUGGCCCUACAUGUGGUUGGCAGCAGGUGGUGACAUAUGGGGGCACCAGUGGGUGGCCAUGGGGCUGCAGCUCCUCCCUGCACAAAGGUGAGCAGCGGGGAGUGGGCUGCCGGGUCCCUUGUCCCCUGCGCUCCAUCCCUGACCCUGUGCUGGUGGCUGUCUCUCCUCACGUUUGUGGCGAUGGCGUUUUUAUUGAUGAGAAACUGAAGCAAAAAAAAAAAAGCCAAACUGACAGAACAAGUGAAAGCAAAGAAAACAACAAAAAAAA